GUCCUUUCUCUUCACACGCUCCUUCCUGCCCUGCUUUUGCCUUUUGUUUUGCUCUUCCGUGGUGGUGUCGCUCGUUGAACUCCUCAUUCCCCACCAGUUCCAUUCGUACCUACUCUGGUUUGCUCUUUUGAGAUCUUGCCCACGAAAGUGACAACAUGGUUACCUCCAAGGUUCUGUCGCUUUCGCUGUUUGCUCUUGGUAUUCAGGGCCUUGCCCUCCCUGGCUUUUUGGGAGGUCCCCCCGGGUUUCCUGAUCAAGGAGGUCCCCCAAGCGGACCACCAGGCCGAGGAGGUCCAGGAGAAGGUCCUCCUGGAGGCAACUCUCCAGGCUGGCCGGGAUCUCCUGGAUUCCCGCAGCCUGGUCCUCCGGGUGGAGGACAGCCAGGAUGGCCUCAACCCAGCUUUCCAAGCUGGCCGAGCAUCCCAGUCACUACCACUACGUCCGAGACAACAAAGCUACACCCGACGACGUCUAGCACGAAAUCUCCGACCUCUGAAAGCACCACUUCCUCAAUCUCAACGUCCUCGUCAACGACUACUUCGACGGUGCCAACGACAACACCUACAACUCUGUCAACCACAAGCACAGCAACAACACCCAGCACCACAACCACAACCACAACCACAACCACUACCACAGCCACUCCUACCACCACAACUACAACGACGAGCACAACAACAACAACCACUACCACAACAACCACAACAACGACCACGACUACCACGACGACUACUACUACCACCACUACCACCACCACUCCUCCUCCGAACUGCCCGACCCCGACGCUGCAAAACGGUGGAUUCGAGUCGAGCACUACGGACAUAGACCCUUGGGUCUACUCCGCCUUUACUCCCGACCUUGUGGAGACGGUUGCCCAAGCAGACACUGGCAUUUUCCAACCACAUUCCGGCAACAAUUACUUCCAGGUGACCAACGACAAUACCUCGCCCUCGGAAGCGCGCAUCGCGCAGUCCCCGUCCUUCUGCAACGGCGUUGAGUACACCAUCUCGCUCUGGGUCAUUGGAGACUGCGACGGCACGGGCUCGUGCGCCGCGUCUGGGCCCGUCCGUAUCCAGAUCGUCACCGACAUCGGCUUCAGCACGGACAUGACGCUCACCAAUAGCGGUCCCGACGACUGGCAGGAACUUACGUACACAUUCACGUGGACCGGGGGUGACGGCCUCUCCCCCGUCAUGAUCGAUGUCUUUAUGGACAACGAGAACAAUUCAAUCGGUCUGGACGACAUCACAAUCUCGUUUGCUUGAUCUAGGCUAUCCUAUCAGUAAUGUUGUGUGUAGGGGGCCUUUUUGUUGCUUGUUCUGGAGGAUACCGUACUCUAGAUAGACAUGUUUUGUUUACUGCUCAGGUAUAUUGCCUGAGAGGAUCGAUGGUUACUACUAAUGAGCUGGAUUUUCUUUCCCUCAGAUGAAUUUGACAAAUGUUCAGGGGACCACCCUAUAGCUGUCUGUUCGUGUCUUGCGGUUUUAUUCCAACUUCUAGCUAGACGUUCUGUUGUACUACUGGGGGUGAG